AUGCAAUACCAUCUCUCUUUUCUAGCUCUUCUUGAAACAAAGCUGAAGCUCAGUAAUGUUCAGGCUAUUGCUAAGAAGAUUGAUAUUAACUGGCAGUGGUUUUCUAAUGCCAAUAAUUCAGACAAAGCCAGAGUUAUGAUCUUGUGGGAUCCUAAUAUUUUUGAUGUCCAUAUCAUCUGUUUUUCUGCUCAACAUAUCUCUUGUGCUGUCAAGUCUCUGGAUGGAAGACUAAAUUGCAUCAUUUCCUCAGUUUAUGGAUAUAAUCAUGCUGAUGCUAGGAAGCUGUUAUGGAAUGAACUCUCUCAAAUUCAGCAAAAUUUAGGUAAUCUGCCUUGGUUGUUGUGUGGUGACUUCAAUGCUAUGAUCUCUGAUGAUGAGAAACUGGGUGGUACUGCUCUAACAGAAGCUGAUACCUAUGAUUUCAAUCAAUUCAUUGAUACCUGCCAGCUUUCCCAUUUGAAAACCAUUGGUUGUUUCUUUACUUGGAAUAACAAACAAGAUGCGGCUACCAGGGUUCUGAGCAGACUGGAUAGAGCUUUAGUCAAUGAUCAAUGGAUAAAUACUUAUAAUUCUAGUCAAGCAGAAUUCCUUUUACCCAGUUUCUCUGAUCAUUCUCCUGCACUUGUUACAAUUUUUGAGGAUCAAGUGCAUGGUAAAAAGCCAUUUAGGUUCUUUAAAAUGUGGACCAAACAUUCAGACUAUCUGCCUACAGUGUCUUCCAUCUGGAAUACUUCAAUUGAUGGUCACACCAUGUUUUCUAUUGUUUCAAAGCUUAAACUUCUGAAAACAGCUCUGAAGGAUCUUAACAGAAGGCACUUUAAUAAUAUCAGUGAGCAGGUUUUGAGAGCAAAAGCUAAUCUGGAAAAUGUUCAAAAGGCCUUAUCAUUAGACCCUCUUAAUGAUGCUCUCAUAAGGCAAGAGAAGGAUUAUAUCUCUUCUUUCAAUAAGCUGUUAGAUUGUGAGCUUUCUUUCUACCAACAAAAAGCUAGAAUAAAUUAG